AUGUUGAUAACCUUAAAAAGUGUUUUAGUAGUCUCUCUGCUAGACAGGGUUUGUUUUUCACAUAUAUCACAGGAAUUCCCUACAAUUGAAACUUUUGGAAAUAAAUUCUUUUUUUCUGAUACUGGUGAUCAAUUCUUUAUUAAAGGAAUAGCUUAUCAACCAAAACCACAAAGUUUUAAGGAAAUAAAUACACUAACAAAUAUAGAAGAAAACCAGGAAGAGGAAUAUAUUGUUGAAAAUAACAUUGAAUACAUUGAUCCUCUAGGAAGCCCAAGCAUCUGUUUACGUGAUAUUCCGUAUUUUGAAAGACUAGGUAUAAAUACUAUUCGAGUAUAUGCUAUUGACCCACUACAAAAACAUGAUAUAUGUAUGAAUGCUUUGAUGAAUUCAGGAAUAUACGUUAUUUUAGAUUUAUCUGAACCUAACAUUUCUAUUAAUAGAGAUAGUCCUACUUGGGAUACAACGAUUUGGAAUAGAUAUAAGGCUGUAAUUGAUUCAAUGCACACAUACAAAAAUAUUCUUGGAUUUUUUGCAGGAAACGAAGUUACAAACGAUUUAAGCACUACAGAAGCUAGUACAUUUGUAAAAGCUGCCAUUAGAGAUACAAAAAAUUAUAUUAGAGAAAAACAAUAUAGAAAUAUACCUGUUGGAUACUCUACAAACGAUGACAUCAAUACAAGAGAAUCGUUAUCUAAGUUUUUUAUUUGUGGUGACGUUAAAGUGGAUUUCUAUGGAAUAAAUAUGUAUGAAUGGUGUGGAUACUCUUCUUUUGAAAUCAGUGGUUAUAAAGAAAGGACACAAGAGUUUAAGAAUUAUCCAGUUCCAAUAUUUUUUUCUGAAUUUGGAUGUAAUUUGAUAAGACCAAGACCUUUUACAGAAAUAAAAGCACUUUUUGGAUCACAAAUGGCAAAUGUUUGGUCUGGUGGGAUUGUGUACAUGUAUUUUGAAGAAGAAAACAAAUAUGGUGUUGUUCAACUGAAUGAGGAGGAUCAAAGUGUUCAUGAGUUGGAUGAUUUUGAAACACUUUCCAGUGCUUUUAAUAAAGUAUCUCUACAAAAAUUUAACAAAGAAAAUUAUACUAAAGAGUUAGGAAAUAAGAAUAAUUUUUCUAUCAACUGUCCAAGUUUAUCUCCAUUUUGGAAAGCCAAUGAAAAAUUACCACCGACACCAAAUGAAGAUAUAUGCUCAUGUAUUGAUACAAAUUUACCCUGCGUUAUUGUACCUUCAAAGGAAAAUGUUAAUUAUGAAAGUAUGUUCGAGUACCUUUGUGGUGAGGUUGAUUGUACAGAUAUAAAAUCGGAUGGGUUUCUAGGUUAUUAUGGUGAGUUUUCGGGUUGCUCAACAGAACAAAAGUUGUCACUGGAAAUAUCGAAACUCUAUAUGCAAAGAAAUGAAAACAUAAAUAUAUGUCCCUUUGAUUCCAAAGGGGUAACUUUUAAAAAAAUCCCUAAGAAAAAAAAAACUUCUAAUAUUAACAAAGAAGCUGAUAUAUGUUCAAAUAUUCUUAAAAAAAUAAAUAAUAAUCAAGAAAAAAAAAUAGAAGGUACUAAUUCAGAGAAAACAACUGUGACAUACUCGAAAGCAAAUAUUUUAAAAUUGGGUUCUAAAUUAACUUUUUUAAUUUAUAAAUUAUAUAUAUUAACUCUAUUUUUUUAG